AUGGUAGUGGUGUGGAAGCAGGCUUUCUUACGCCACAAGGAAGAGUUCGAACCAGCGCAUGCCGAGCUCCUUCUUCCGGGUGGAGUAAUGGGGUCAUUCAACUUCGGCAUCAAGAACUAUUCCUGGUGGCUACAAAGAAACCAAGACCUAGGCGCAAUCGAUACUCGAGCGUGGACAUUCCAAGAGCUGCUAGCGCGAAACCUGAUAUAUUUUGGGGAUGAUGACAUCACAUACAUGUGUCGCAAUACAUCUAAAGGACUAAUUAUCGAUUACGACGGAGUGUUUACGAAGCGUGUCGAAAGAAACGAUCCCGAACUCGACUGCUUCGCGACUGUAACAAGCCACCACCUCGAGCGAUCGGACUUUGAUUCCCCAGCGACUUUCACCCCACAAAACUGGGCAAGUCUUGUCGAAAAAUACAGCGCCCGGAACCUGAGCAACCGCGAAGACCGCUUGCCUGCUCUCGCUGGUAUAGCAGCGAAAUUCGCGGCCGCCUGGCCCGGCGAUUACAAAGCAGGUCUUUGGCAGCGUCAUCUGGUCAGACACCUUGGCUAG